AUGGUUGCACCAGCACUCACGAACAUGGCAGCGGAUCUUGGCAUCGGAAAUGUCGUAGUCCCUCAGCUCACAUUCACAAUCUUUAUGCUCGCAUACGCCAUUGGGCCACUACUUCCCGGUCUCUUAUCUGAAACUAUUGGACGGUCGCCGGUUCUGCUAGCAUCGAACGUGUUCUAUUUGCCCAGGACUCUAGGACUGGCAAGAAACAAGGCAGAAUUGAUUGCUUUUAAAUUUCUGGCAGGAGUCGGUGGAAGUGCACCAUUGGCCGUGGGCGCUGGUGUGAUCAGCGAUCUCUGGGCUCCAGGAGAGCGCGGACAGGCGGUCGGUAUAUAUAGCCUUGCGCCACUCUUGGGUCCCGUCAUCGGGCCCCUUACCGGUGGUUGGAUUACUGAGCGUACAACAUGGCGAUGGAUGUUUUAUUCCACGAGCAUGGCCGCAAGUGUUGUCGGAGUCGUCGGCUGUGUCUUCAUACGCGAGACAUAUACACCAGUCUUGCUCAAACAGAGACAACACCACGUAUCCUGCGAAGAAACGUCAGGUAGUAAUACUAGCGAGUCUCUGGCGACACGGUUACGAUUGGCAUCUUUUCGCCCCUUACAAUUCUUUGUUACAGAAUAUAUCGUUAUGGUGGUUGCCAUUUACAUGGCUGCAGUCUUUGGGGUAUUCCCUGGCAUUGGUGCUCUAAACUACAUCUCUCUUGGCCUUGGCUAUGUACUCGGCUCCCAGAUCAACGCUUGUAUUUGA